AUGGCUACUAUUCCAAGGCUCUACAUUAUCAACAUUCACCAAAGCAAAGUCGACAGACUUAAGCAAAGUUCGCCCUUGCAGAUUUCCCCGAUGAGCUCGAAGGGGACGUCGUGGGACCUGGGCACUUCACUCUCGGUUGACAGAGGCAUGUGGAUACGAGGAACUAUAGGCAAUUCUCUGCCCGCGAGCAUCCUGAACUGCUUGUUCGUCAUUUGA